UAUGUUCUCGUUUUGGCCAGGGCAACAAGAAUUUAAAGCGCAUUUGGCCAAUUUGCUAAUAAUUUGCGAAAAAAAGGAAAAACAAUAAAUAGUUCAACCUUUUUUCAUUAAAAACAUGGCUCUACGCUUGACACAAAGGUUACUGCAGACGCAGACCCCCUUCCUAACCCGCGGCUAUCCGUUGCUUGUGACCAAAGAGAAGACUGAGGAUGUGGCUCACACCAAAUCGACGCUGCAUAAGAAAGUCACGGGAACAGAUAUCCCUUCGGCUCAGUAUGGCGGACGCCAUGGAGUUACCAUGCUGCCUGGCGGCGGCAUCGGUCCCGAACUGAUGACCUAUGUGCGUGAGAUAUUCCGGUACUGCGGAGCUCCCAUUGAUUUCGAGGUUAUCGACAUUGAUCCAUCCACGGAGGGCAACGAUGAUUUGGAGUAUGCCAUCACUUCCAUCAAGCGUAACGGUGUGGCCCUUAAGGGUAAUAUUGAGACCAAAUCACAAAGUCUCGCGGAGGUGUCUCGUAAUGUGGCCAUUCGUAAUGAGCUGGAUCUCUAUGUAAAUGUGGUGCACUGCAAGUCCUAUCCUGGCAUUCCUGCGCGCCACCAAAACGUUGACGUUGUGCUGAUUCGUCAGAACACAGACGGCGAAUACGCCAUGUUGGAGCACGAAUCGGUCCGCGGUGUGGUCGAGAGCAUGAAGGUCGUAACUGUGGAAAAUGCUGAGCGUGUCGCCCGCUAUGCCUUUGAAUAUGCCCGCCAGAAUAACCGCAAGAAGGUCACCACCAUUCACAAAGCCAACAUCAUGAAGCUAUCCGAUGGCCUGUUCUUAGAGGUGGCGAACCGAGUGCACAAGGAUUACCCCGAACUGGAGCAUAACAACAUGAUUAUUGACAACACUUGCAUGCAGGCCGUAUCGAAUCCCCAUCAGUUUGAUGUCAUGAAUAUGACCAAUUUAUAUGGUACCAUUGUAUCGAAUGUGAUUUGCGGUCUUAUUGGCGGCGCUGGUUUGCUUUCUGGCAGAAAUUAUGGUGAUCAUUAUGCCAUCUUUGAGCCUGGCACCCGUAAUACAGGUACAGCCAUUGCUGGCAAGAAUAUUGCCAAUCCAGUGGCCAUGAUCAAUGCCAGUAUUGAUAUGUUGAAUCACUUGGGUCACAAGGAACAUGCUAAUGUCAUCUAUGAUGCCACCUAUCAGACAAUUGUAAAAGAUGCCAUACGCACACCCGAUUUGGGUGGCAAUCAUUCGAGCACCGAUGUUGUUGAGAAUAUACUCAAAAUCUUGAGUGCCAAGCGUGUGAAUUGGCCACAUGGAAACUAUUUCAACCAAUUUUAGGCAAAAACAAAAAAAAAAAAGAAUCAAGAGAAAAAGAAUAUUAAGAUAAUAGACCAAAAUUUAUUAACCCUCAACUAAGCCAAUUUGAUCGAACUGUUAUACAGGCUGUUUUAAUUGUUUUGUACUCCCCGCCCCAAAAAAAAAAUUGCGUUGCUUUUACCCGCUACCGCCCUCCCUCCAAAUGGCUAAGUGUUAUAUUGUGUGUUCUGUGCACAUCCGAUGUCCAAAAAAAGUGUUAAAUAUUCCAGAUUUCUCCUGCCGACGCACUAUCCCCUCUCCCCAGAUACGUUUCAGCACUUGUAUGACCCUGCAAUAUAAUGCUCUUUUAAACAAACUUUUUACAUAUAAAUUUAGAUUUUUCUCCAAUUUUGUAUUAUUUUUAUUUGAUUUAUACCGAAUCCUUCCAACCUGAAUUUCAAUUGUAAAUUAUAUAUAUUUGAAAAAUAAUUCUAAUAUUCGCCAAAACAACAA